GAACAUUUGACAAAUAUGGGAGUCGGGACUCUUAUUUUGACGUCAGAGCGGACGCUUGUUUCUUGAUUCACAUAAGCAUGGUCUUUACGGUGAAAGUUUCGAUUAAGGGAAGGAAAGGAUAAUAAGCACGAAAUCAGAAAGGUUUAGGACACGUAUCAGCAGCAACAAAUAUGGAUCCCGAGGUGGCCAGAGGAUUGUUUGAAGAAGGAGCCACUAUUAUUCUACUUGGUGUUCCUGAAGGAACAGAGUUAGGACUUGACUACAAAACCUGGACCCUGGGUCCUCGAUUCCGUGGGGUGAAAAUGAUACCUCCAGGACUUCACUUUCUCCAUUACUGCUCCACCAACAGCACUUGUGGAGAGAUUGGCCCUAAAACUGGACUGUUCCUCUCCUUGAAACCUCGGGAGGUAAUAAUAGCACACUGGAACAAAACAGAUGAUGAUCUGGAGUUCUCUCAUAAUGCUGAGGAAGUUGAGCGUGCAAAGGCCAAUCUACAAGAACUGGACCCAUAUCUGGGGCCAUACCCAUAUGACACACUCCGGAAAUGGGUUUCCUUGACUGACAGACUCAGUCAGGAGGUAGCCAGCACUUUGCAACCCCUAAGUGGUAGGGUGUGUGCCUUUAGUGAUGUGGUUCCAGAACUGCAGCUGAAACAUACUGAAGACAGGGCAAAGGAGAAUCUACCUCAUAAUGAUAGGGAAUGUCAGAGUAUGAAGGAGGGAUUGGACCGACUGCCAAGGAUGAAACAAAGAGAAGGCACAGAGUUACGCUUUUCCUACAUUCCCAAGCAGGUUUACCCUCCUGGGGCCACACCUGCUCAGAUUACCAAAUAUAGUAUGGAUUUGAGCUACGCUCUCAACUGUGUCCUUGACAGUCAUUAUAAAGAACAACCACUGGAUAUACUAGGAGAGCUGCAGUUUGCGUUUGUUUGCUUUCUCAUUGGAAAUGUAUAUGAGGCCUUUGAGCACUGGAAAAUACUGUUAUCUAUGCUCUGUCGCUCUGAAGAGGCAAUGAAAGAAAAAAAGGAUUUGUAUCUGGGCCUCAUCGCUGUGCUCUACCAUCAGCUGGGAGAAAUUCCUCCAGACUUCUUUGUGGAUAUUGUAUCUCAGAGCAACUUUCUUACAUCCACACUUCAGGACUUCUUCCAGUUUGCCAUCAGCCCUGGGGUGGACUGCACUUUACGCAAAAGAGCUGAAAAAUUUAAGGUCUACGUGACUAAAAAGUUUCGAUGGGACUUUGAUGCAGAUCUUGAUGAGUGUGCACCAGUGGUGGUGGAUCUUCCAGAAGGAGUCACUGUUGACUGAUAAUGCUUAAGGAUCCGUUUUGUUGCUGCGUUUGCAUAUACGUCUUGCAUUGUUGUCAAGUGAACAUGGCAAACAUCAGAAACAGUACAGCAAUUGGAUAUUCAUAAAGUUUAGUUUAGUAUAAACUCUAAAAAUUUAUAAUUUUUUAAAUAAAAAAAAAAAACACAAAAACAUUUCAUUGGCAUAAAGCGAUUAAAACGUUGGACAGAAUAAUUUGCUCCCCUAGAAAUUCUUUACUAAAAUUGUAAUUUUUUUGAAAGUGUAUUACCACUGUGCAUACCAUGAAAGUGUGCAUACCAUGGUUACUAGGUGGAAAAUGAAAAUGUCCAGCCAUGAUUUCUUGUUUAUGUAUACAUCAUGCAUCACAAUGGGUAAAACCUAAGAAUAUAGUUAUUAUGUGCAGCAAAAGGUCGUUAAGCUCCACAAAAUUGAAGGUGGCUGUUAGAAAAUAGCUGAAACAUGAAAAAUCCCAUUUUUAUUUAAACAUUUACAUCAUCAGGGCAAUCUGCCUAGAAGAGGAUGUGACACACAUCUAUAUUGUAAGUUCAAAAUAUGUGUUCGGAGUGUCAUGUGGGUUGCUCGUGUUUUUAAAAUAUGUGUUUGUUGCGUCAUGUUAACCAUGUGCAUCACAAAAUAUGUGCCUGAUGCAUACCCAUCAAAACUGUUUAUGAUAAAAGUUGAUGGGUAUGCAUCAGGUAUGCUUUUUAAACUGAUAAAAGAGACGCUCACGUUCACAAAAUACACGCAAGACACCCCCUUAACAGUAAACUCUGAUUGCGCAUGAGAUUAUGCGAGUAUCUGGCAAACGCAAGCAUCUCUUUUAUCAUAAACCCUUUAGACGCGUCUGCAGCAGGCACUUAUUUUGACAAGACAUGUGAUGUACAUGGGUUCACUCGACGCGCAGAACACAUAUUUUGAAAUUAUGAUCUACACACAUGACGGGCUACAUACAUGUUGUGACGAAAUAUCAAACAGCACUUACAAGUUGUUUUGGAGUGUUUCAUGGUCAGAUAACGGAGCUAUUUGACCACAUGAUGGGCUUUAAAUCACUGCAUUAUGAGCACCUAUAGUGAAUGCUAUGUUCUCAGUAUCCACAGACCUUCAGAUGUUGUGUUCAACUGAAAUUGGUGCAAUUUACCUUUCGGGUCAAAAACCCCAUAAUUUACUUACCAUAAAGCCAUAAUGUAUGUGAUUUCCUUUCUUCAGCUGAACAGUUAGUGUUAAAUAAUAUUCUGACUCCUACUAUUUUGUGAUAACAUUUUGAAGCUCAUCCAUCAUCAAUGAAAGGAAUCCAUACGACUCUGUUGGGUGAAUAUACUGAAUGUCUUCGGAAGCAAAACCAUAUAUCUGUACCUUAACAGUGAUUUAACUGUGCUUUAGUAGGAAUAUAAUAUAAUAUAGGGAUAUAACUGCCGUAUUUACACUGCAUAUAUGCAUGUACCAAUAGCUGGUAGUGUUCAACACUGCAUCUGCUUUGUCAAUGGUUCUAAAUGACACUUUAUGCAUAGAAAAUACACGUACAUGCAAUUGAGAUUCAACAUAUUAUGAGAUAAAACAAUUAAGAGUGUUUAGCGAUCAGUAUGCCAUGUUUGAAUGUGCACAGCUAGGUCAAAAAUGGCAGCACAGCAGCUCUGUGUCAAUACAUAAGAUAAUCAUUGGUUUCUUGUUUGUAUUAAACCAUGGGUCUCCAACCCUGUUCUUGGAGGGCACCUGUCCUGCAGAUUUGAGUUACAACCUCAAAUGGUUGGAACUAAAAUAUGUCCUCCAGGAACAAUUUUGGAGACCAAUGCAUUAAACUGUUUACUGGUCUUUAGAAAAACCCUCCAGAAUUUUACAUGUUUAGCAUGUUCGGCAUACAGUUUUUGACCCCUGUUUAUACCCUGACUGUACGUACAGUUUGAUGUUGAGAUCCAUCUUUUUACACUGAGGACAAUCAAGAGACUUGUACACAAUUUCUACAAUAAAUAUAAACAUUCACUGAUGCUCAAAAAGAAAACACCAUUUAAACUCAGGGGCAUGUAAACAUUUUUUACAGGGUGACCAGUGUAAAUUGUUGUUUUAAUUUUUCAUUUAGUAAUGUCUAUUAGAAGCUAUAAAAAUUAACAAAUUAAGUUAAACAAUGUCAUCAUGUUAUUAUAAGUUAUGUCAACUUAUCACAUGUCAAAACUUAAAAUUGUAGGUUGAAUUGACUGGCAAAACCAAAAGUUUUAACUUCAUGCUGCAUGCAGCCCCAUGUCUUUAUGUGAAAGUGAUUCGGUAGUAUAGUCACUGCUUGCUGUCGCUAUGGCAUUAUCAGUUGUUUUGUUAAAAAAAUUAACUAACAUUCUACCUGCAUGUUGACAUUGAAAAUACAGAAUAAAGCACAAUCGCUAGAGUGAUCAUUACAGUUUAUUUUACAGACUUUGUGUUUUCAUUAUUUUUCCACAAUACAUUAGCUCUCUAGAAACCAUCAGUUUCAGUUCAAGUAUUAGCAUUAUAAACAAUGAACCUGUAACUAAAAUUGUACAUUAAUACAGUAACAACAUAAGCUCAGUGUAAUAGUUAAUACGCAUAAGAUACUUUAGUUGGGAGGUUUAUCUCCUAGUGGGUUUUUUAACCCUGAGUCGAGAUUGGCUUAAUUUAGCAUCCUCUUCUAUAUGUUACAUUAUUAACAAAGAUUUUUCUGUUUUUCCCUGCUUCUAUUAAUGUAAAGCUGCUUUGAAACAAUUGUGAAAGCGCUAUAUAAAUAAAAUUGAAUUGAAUUUGA